AUGAGUGUAGCGCAAGCACGUGUCGCUCGAUGUUGUUAUGAACCAGAUCCGAUGUGCAGGGCUACAAGUUACAAUUCAUUCACCAAUUGCAAUCUUCAUCGUGCACGAGCUGGUCACGAAGAAAUAUCGGCUAUCGCUUGCUAUCUUUCUCUUUCAGGCAAUGAAUGGGGUGCAGGCACUGAAUGCUGCUACGAUACCGAAGGACAAUUAAUCACCCGAGGUACAGGAGCAGGAACAGAUGACCGACAUCGACCGUCUUCAUUGCCAGUAGCUCAUUUUUUCGAUGAUACACUACCUUAUUUAGCCUGUUGCUUACUGACUGCAAAUGAUGAGUCAUGCACAACUUACUUCAAUUUACGACCAUUGCGCCGUGGUAGUAACUCACGUAGUGUUUGGGGUGGGACUUGGGGUGAUCCGCACUACACUACACUAGACGGUUCAGCAUUUACUUUCAAUGGCUAUGGAGAAUAUACUUAUUUGGCUAUAGCCUCAUCGGCACCAGCUCCUGAUAGCUUCAAUUCAUCGUCCCAAAACUAUAGUUUUAUAGCUCAAGUGCGUACAACACCAGUUUUCUAUUCAAAUCAAACAAUCGCAACUUUAGCCACAGUUACGCGAGGAUUAGCCGCCAAAUCCGAUCAUCCACAGGCAGAAAGUAUCAGUGUUACAGUGUCUAGACGAGAACUACUGAUUGUUCGUCGAGGCAACGAAACCAUCGAUCUUGAUACAGUCAGUGCUGAUACAGUGAGUACCAGGGAUUCAUUUGUUCUCUUCUAUCCCGAAAUGACACUGGAACGAAAUCGAACAAGUGGUGCACUGACACUUUCUUGGUUCAUAGGAGUCAGCAUUCAAAUUACACCUAUUAUUUUGAGUUCACCAGUUGCUGGCACUGUUGUUUUAAACCUUGGUGUAUCUGUAGCUGGUUCUUUCCAAGGUCGCACCUAUGGUCUACUGGGCUUCUACGAUAACAAUCGAACAAAUGACCUUCGUACUCCAAAUGGAUCUGUCGUCGAUAAUGCUGAUUCACUAACAGAGGCACAGAUAUACUAUGAAUUCGGACAAACAUGGAAGAAAACAGAUUUUAAAAUACCACGAAAUCCUAUUUUGGAACGAAAUAAUUUUCUCUAG